CCCCCCCCCCCCCCCGCAGGUCCGCUUUCGGAUGGCAGAGCAGGAGGCGGCGGCGCCGAGGAAGGAGCCCCGGGGAGCCCCUGCCAGAAGCCGCUCCCCUCCCGCCCCCAACCAGCUGGGGGCCCCGCUGCCCCACAGCAGCCUGGCCCUGGGGGCGGAGGUGCGGGCCACGCGCCAGCAGGCCUUCGACGCCCGGCAGGCGGCGGAGCAACUGGUGCGGCGCUCCUUCGUGGCUCGCUGCGCCGCCGAAGCUCGCGUGGGCGAGGGGCUGAACAUCCCCCGGGAGCAGCAGCUCUACCGGGGCCUCAUCAGCCUGCAGGUGCCAGCCGACGAAGUGCUCAGCUCCGCCGUGCAGGGCAGGCUCGCCCUCGUCCAGUACCAGCCCGGAGACAGAAAGGAGGCGGCUGGGGAAGGGCCCGACCUGAUGGCCUUUUAUAGGCCCCGGGAGCUGUUCACGGAGACCCCCUUCCUGGAGGUGGGGGGGCUUCCCCCCCUGAAGCUCCAGGCCCAGAGGCGCCACCCGGCCACCACCUUCCUCAUGUACCGGAAGCUGCAGCAGUGGGCCAGCUGAGGGGGGCCCCCAACGUGGCUCUUUACGCACAAGCACACAGACACAAUCACACCCUGCGACCUCCUGUACAUAAACUCUUGAGCUGCCAGCGGAUGGUGUGGUUUUUUUUUUUGCUUCGCUGCCAGAAGGAUGAACACCCAAGUAGUGCAAGGGAGUCCCUGACUUACGACCACAAUGGAGCCCCAUGUUCCCGUUGCUAAAGCAGGCCCUUUAGUUUUGCCCCAUUUCCCAACCUUUCCAGCCACAGUGAAGCCAAUCGCUGCAGUUAUGUGAGUCAGCCGGUCGUUCAGCGAGUCCGGAUUUUCCCAGCUUGUCAGAAGGUUGCCAAAGGGAAUCACAUGACACACACACACACACACCCCAAGGAUGCUGCGACCGUCAUAACUCUGAGUCGGAGGCCAAGCGUCUGAACUUCCAUCAGGUGGCCACAGGGAUGCUGCAAGGGUCCUAAGUGUGAAAAGCGGUUGUGGGUCCUUUGAACGGCCACUAAAUGAACUGCAGGCAGGGGGCAGGUUUGCUGUCCAGGCAGAGCCCCUCGCAACUCCCCCCCCCUCCAGAGAUUGGCACAGCAGCUGGUAAUAAUCUGUAGGUUUUAUUUUUAUAUAUAUAAUCAACUUUUUUUAAAAGAUAAAACUCCGUUCAAACAAGA